AAUUGGGAUUGUCGACAUGGCGGGCAGAUAGCCUCGAAUUCUUAAGUUUUUUUAAAAUUGCGGAACUACAGGAAACUCUGAAGAACCACCAAAAAUGGGCUUUCUUUGUGUCAGGAAGGGUGAAGAGUCUCUGAUGUGUAAUGGAACUUUAUAUGAUCGUCACGAGGAAGCGCUAAACUACAAGGACGGAUCAUUUUGGGUUUACCUCGGAGUCUACAUUGCCUUGGUGUUGUUUGCAGGUUUGAUGUCUGGACUGACCAUGGGCCUACUAUCACUGGAUAUUUUGAGUUUAAAAGUUCUGCAAAGGGGAGGGAAGCCACAAGAGAAGAAACAUGCUGCUAAAAUUUUGCCAUUGGUAGAAAAACAUCACUUGUUAUUGGUCACUCUCCUGUUGGCAAAUGCUGCUGCAGUGGAGUCUAUGCCAAUUUUUAUGGAUAGGAUCUCCAGUCCUGUUAUUGCCAUCUGUGUUUCAGUUACUGCUGUGCUGUUUUUUGGAGAAGUUGUUCCUCAAGCCCUAUGUACCCGUUAUGGCCUGGCUAUUGGUGCAACACUGGCACCGAUGGUGAAAUUGCUAAUGUUGUUACUGUUUGUGAUUGCUUGGCCCAUUUCUAAACUUUUGGACUGUCUUCUGGGACAUGAGCACUCCACUUUCUUCAGACGAGCAGAACUACGGGAACUUGUGGAUCUUCACAGAGAGUCUGCAGAUGCAAAUGAAGAUCCCCUCAGAGAUGACGAGGUCCUGAUUAUACAGGGAGCAUUGGAAAUGAGGAACAAAACAGUGGCAGAUAGAUACACACCUUUGGAGAAUGUUUUCAUGCUAGAUGCAAAUUGCAAGCUGGAUCAUGACACAAUGACACAGAUUAGUGGAAAAGGCCAUUCACGUGUACCUGUGUAUGAGGGAGACAAAGAAAACAUUGUGGGGCUUCUGUUUGUCAAGUCACUUAUCAUGUUGGACCCUGACGAGGCCACACCCAUCAAAGAUGUGUACAAAGCUGGAUCUUUUCUAUGUUCAUCUACGACUGAACCUCUGUUUGAUUUACUAGACAAGUUUCAGACUGGAAAAAGUCAUCUUUGCGUCGUUUUCAAGACACAGAUAGACGAAGGCAACAACAUGAAAUCGCGAGUUGUUGGCAUUAUAACUCUGGAGGAUGUGCUUGAGUUGUUGAUACAAGAGGAGAUCUGGGACGAGGCAGACAUAACAUGUACUCGAAAUCCACCUGACGUCAGCAAGAAGGUGUCUUUGGCCAAAGCGAGGUUGAGUAGAAUGAAAUCAGUCGAUGCUGAAAGAUCACGAAGACCGCUCAGUCCUGGUUUCAAACCGCCAGAGGAGGUUCCGGAAAGGACACAAGAUUCAUACAGUGACACUCAACCUCUUUUAGGGGACAGCCGGGCAGAGAAAUCCUGAUUCAUCGCGAUGUGGAGUGGGAGUUUUGUAUUGUACUUGAUCAUUGGUACGUCAUACUUUUACGGACUUUUAGUGAUUAACUAUGAAUUUUGCAUUGGAGUUGACUGCCAUGAUCGAAACAUGAAAUAUAUGUUGUUUGUCAUUAGGCAUGGUAGAAGGGUGAUGAAUCAAUAAAGUUCAUUUCUAUAUAGUAUCGUGAAAUUGAAACUAGAACAAUCACAGUAGCAAAUCAGAACGAUGUUACGUUACAGGUAAACGCGGGAAAAUGCGAGUAACCAAGUUGCGAGUGAUAGUUUUGCAUCUGAUUGGCUAAGAAGGUGAUUGAUCUGGACCGGAGUUCUCUAUGAAUCUCCUUCGCUGCUCUCCACUCUUUUCCUCUUUAUCUUCCAUUCAACAACUUACGUGCAUACACACGUCUACGUACCUCUAACUUGCUUCUCUUUAAACCUCUUUUAUUGCUAACGUUACCACUUAAAAUGUAAAAUUUGGGCAAAAUCGCCCUUUCGUUUGAUUGAUACUUUCCUCUCUAAUUAUAGAAUUAAAUAUAGACCAUAGCUAGAUAUUGAUGGACUGUUUCCAUAAACCUCUUUACAACUAUAUUCCUUUCGUAAGAACGAUAAACUGAUAUUGUCUGUCGCGAAAUUGAAAUACAAUAAUUUGCAUUUGUAAGUUUCACGCUUUACCUGAUUUAUAGCUAAACGAAAAUGAUUUUUCCUUUCGAAUAUUUAAAUGUUUCGCGACAAAUUUUGGAUUAAAAAUGAGUAAAUACGAGUAACAAAUACAAUUCAACCUUUUUAGGAAUGGCUAGAUUUUGUAUAUUAUGUUACAUGUAAUUGGUACUCUUGUUUCUAAUCAUAACACCUACAAGACAGGUUAAAUUUUUGUAAAUGUACCUAAAUAAAGGUUUCAACACAU